CUGGACUUGCUCUAAUAACUCUCCCCUCCUCCUCCCUCUCCCUCUUAAAACUCCCUAUUUCUCUUCUCUCUCUCUCUCUGCCCUCCCUCUCCAGUCAAGCCAUGAUUUCAAGGAAAAGAUCAAGGGCACGGUGGAGAGGAUCAUGAGCCCUCGAACGCUCUACGCUUUCAAGGAGAAGGGCGUACUCAGCGUCUCCGAGUUCGUCAUCGCCGUCGACAAUCUCAUCUCCAAGUGUCCUACUUGGUCCUGGCACUACUCCCACUUUUCUCAAAACCCUACCUUUGGGAGGCGGGGGAAUCGAGCAAGAGGAAGUCCUAUUUGCCUGCUGAUAAGCAAUAUCUCAUCACGAGGAAUGUCCUUUCAUGUAGCUUUCAAAGUCCCUGUUGGUGACACCCCCUAUGGCCCUAUGUCAGGGCAAAAAGAGUUCAGUUGGUUGAUAAGGAUCCAGAGAGAGCAAUUGCUCUGUUUUGGGCCGCAAUCAAUGCUAGAGACAGUUGACAGUGCUCUCAAAGACAUGGCCAUUGUUACAAAGCAACAUAAUAGAGCUGAAGAAGCCAUUGAAGCUAUCAAAUCCUUGAGAAAUCGAUGUAUCGAUCAAGCACAAGAAUCAUUAGACAACAUUCUUCUAGAUCUCUACAAGGACCUAUCUACUGAAGCUGCUGAAAAUCUGCAAGAGUACUUCAGGACAAUGUAUAAAAAGGUGACAGAAGCUGAUAUUGAGGAAUUCGAAGCUAACUACAGUGGAUCAGAUUUAGAGAAGAAAGAUCUGAAGAACCUAUAUACCGAAAUUAAAGGCAACAUGAACAUGUGAUUAAAUUUUUCAUGAAAGGCACUUAUCCUCGCCUAAAUCUGGGAAGUAUCCAUUUCCUUUCAUUGUCUUAACCAGUCUGCUUUCUUGGACUGAUUUUUGCAAUAUGUAUGCCUAACUGUACAUAUAGAAGUUACCGUCAGCUUCUUUGACAUUUAUUUUUUGCUACAGGCUUUUCUGUUCAAUGCUUUGUUCUGAGGCAAAGCUUGAUUCACAUCGUUUCAAGGUCUAAAUUUAGAUAUUUUGUAAUAAUAAUAAUAAGCUUGUGAGUUGAUUAUGAGUAAUAUUCAUGUUUGGUAA